UAGCGCUGUCUCGCAUAUAGUUUAUGGAAAUAGUAAUCACUCUGUUUCCAGUUUCGUACUUCUUCAGUCAGUUACGGUUUGAUUCCUUUGAGACCACAGAACAAUAUAUUCUCUAUUUGAGACUGAGUAAAGACGGUUUGACGCAAAGAGUAGUAUUUUUAAUAUUUGACGGAUAUAAUAAGGUACUCCUGUGAGGUCCUCUGUGGUCUCUGUGACGACUGGAGGGCUGGAGGGGCGAGUGAAGUUUUUGUAUUUUUGUGUCUAGCUAGGAUGGAUAUGUAGAAAUAAUUAUAUUUAGUUGCUGUGAUAGUUGUGAUAAUUAUGAAAUAAAGAAUGUCUAGAAUCAGAGGGAUAGAAACUAGAAUUCCAAAGGGAACAGCUUUAGUACGUAAUGAAGUCCAGAAGAGAAUUGAUGAUCACACAAAAUGUAAAGAUGAUGCAGAGAGAAGGCAAAUAGUUGAAUUACUUCAAAAAUUACCAAAAUUAGAUAAGAUCUUUGAAGUUCACAAAAAGAUUGGAGAGGGUACUUUUAGCUCUGUGUACUUGGGAUCUCUGAGACAACAUUCAAAACUCUCCAUUUCUGAGAAAAAAUGGUUUGCCAUUAAGCACUUAGUUCCAACUGCACAUCCAGCUAGGAUAGAACAUGAAUUACGUUGUCUUCAAGAUAUGGGAGGGAGAAAUCAUGUGAUUGGUGUUGAAUUGUGUUUACGACAUUUGGAUACGAUUGUCUUUGUGAUGCCUUAUAUACCUCAUAGAAAAUUUUCUGAGUACAUAGUGGACAUGGAUGCAGCUGAGCUUCAGAGGUACAUGCGAGCUCUGAUGACUGCCCUGAAGCAUGUGCACUCUUUUGGGGUCAUUCACCGUGAUGUCAAGCCCAGUAACUUCUUGUAUGACAGAGAAAACAAGAGGUACCUGCUGGUGGACUUUGGUCUAGCUCAGCGCAUCUGCCCCGCGCCCGAUGCCCCGGCGCCGCCUCCCGCGCACGAAGCAACUCCUGAGACUCCUGUCAGCGCCGCCGCCGCCCGCAAACGCCCCAAUACCGAGGAGGAGGGCGGCCCGUCAGCGAAGCGCGUGGCUCUGGACUUGAGCACCAGCUCACGCGUCGCCGUGCCAGUCUCCCAACCCAGGCUGCCCGUGCACCUCACCGUUAAGCUGGGGCCUUGUGAUGCAGGGGCGGCAGUGGGGACUGCGUGCGCGUGCGCAGGACGGGGCGCGGUGUGCGCGGGAUGCGCGCGGCGGCCGGGGGCGCGGGCCUCGCGCGCCGGCACACAGGGGUUCCGGCCGCCAGAGGUCCUGCUGAAGGUGUGCGCGCAGGGCACGGGCGUGGACACGUGGGCCGCGGGCGUGAUCCUGGCGUCGGUGCUGACGCGGCGCUACCCGCUGCUGCGCGCCGCCGGGGACCUGCCCGCCCUCGCCGAGCUCGCCGCCCUGCUGGGCACGCGCCCGCUGCAGCACGCCGCCAGCGCCAUGGGUCGUCGCCUGGUAGUGUCGUGCUCCCUCCGCGGCGUGUGCCUCCGUAAGCUAUGCGCGAGGUUGAGGGCCCCGCCCCCGGGCCCACCCCCCGCGACCCCGCCCCCGGGCCCGCCCCCCGCGACCCCGCCCCGCGCGCGGCCCGCCCCCUGCGGGCCCUGCCGACUGCCGCCCGACCAGUGCCUGUGUCCGGAUCCUAAUGUCAAGGCGACGGAUAUCCGCGGAGACCUGUGGUGGGGCGGAUUCCCAGAUGCGGCGUUUUCUCUAGCGUGCGGUCUGCUUCAGCCCCUACCUGCCCAACGUCUUACCGCCGACCAAGCCCUAAGGCACCCUUUCCUGGCCCAACCCAGCCCCGGCCCCGGCCCCGGGGAAGACAGCUAGGUGAGUACUAUCUCGAUACACCGAGUGAGGAUGCGACUUCUCCACACCCCUCAUUUAACCAACAUGGAGGAAGUAAUCACUGGCCUCGUCGAGAGAUGGCGCCGCCGGCGCUGAACUCAUGAAGUAUGGAAGCCUACAUCGCGCAAGAGAAAUUCGAAAGCUAAUCCUUCAUAUAUGAUAUGCCCGACCGACAUACAUUAGUAAGUCGGGCCGUCAUCCUAGGGAUGUCGAAAGUUGAAAAAAAUAUCGAUAUAUCGAUACAUCGAUAUUUUAUCGGCUUCGAUAUAUCGCGAAAAAAACAUCGAUAUAUCGGACCAAUUUUCCCAAAAAUAUAUUUAGAUCAGCCUAGCACAGUAAUAAUAACAAUACAAAUUAUAAUUAAAGAAAGAAUUAUCAAAGUACAAAAUUGGCACUACACUACAUGACAGUACAGUAUCUCACGAAAUAUGACACGCGGAAUAAUAAUGGAACGAAAAUUAUCUCCUUAAAAAUAGACCCUAUUUUGGAAUGAUGAAAAUGAUUGCAUGACCUCUCAGUUGCCAUCUUUCGCAAACAAGACUAGACAGUCGCACACUUCCACAGAAUAUAAUGGAAUUCAGCACAACUAAUUCACCAGCGAAACAGAUUUACAAAUCAUAGACAGUACUAAAUACAGCACAGAUCAUAGAUAUGUUGAAUAUCAUUAAUCUGAGAUCCAGUUACGAUUUUUCCAGAUACAAAUUUAAUUGUAUCGUGAUAUGCCGCUAAUAUUUAAAAAAAAAAUAUCGAUUUUGAUACGAAUUUCGAUAUUGGUUAUUUUGUAUCGAUGUAUCGAUAUAUCGAAUCAAAAUAUAUCGGCAAAAAAUAUCAAUAUAUCGAUACAUCGAUGUAUUUUCAACAAGCCUAAGUCGGGCCGUGAUCCCAAGCUACCAUCACCCAACUCGAAGGAAGGUCUUGUCCUUUGGCCGUCUUUGAACUGAGCACAGCGGCAACUUUUUUGCCGUUCCUACACCGAGCAUAAAUUGUCAUCAUGCCUACGUGUUCCUAUUGUUGUAAUUAGAGGCCAGAUUUAUGUUGCGAAUAAGCGGCAGUAUUAAUAUAACCGAGAUUUACCAUACAAGGUACGUAUCAAUUACUAUAUUUAAAAUUAAGGACCCAAGAUAAAAAAUAUAUUGGAGUGAUCGCAUGGAUCAUAACAGACGACGUCAUCGUAAAGAAUCGAGUUAGAGCUCGCGUUUCAAAGGAGCCCUUCAGAAAAACUUUAAUAAAUGCAUCGUUUCUUGACGAAUUUGAAUAAUUUAAAAAAUAGGGUAUUUGACAGUUAGACCGGGAGAUGAUGACACAAAAUACUUGGUCAUUUGU